UGCAGUUUGCCGCACGUGAAAGCAGGUAUGACGUCACGUCCGGAUAAACAAGCGCUGAGGUCCGCGCGUAUAUUUUGUAGCUUGAUUUCUAUGAUAAAUAUGCUAUAUGGAAAGGUGACAGCGAUUGAAAUGAAUAAAAUACAAUCCAUACUUACUAACAAAACUGACGAUUCGGAUUGACAACGAGAAGUAUGCGUAAAAAUAGCGAUACAACUAGCUGGAGUCAAUCUGGGUCGCCAGACGCUCAUAAAAGAUACAUCAAUAUUGAUGAACAUAGAACAUCAGACCUGUACCACUGGCAUCCUGUACCUUCACCAGAACAGACCAGGUACCUCACAAGACAGAAAGUGUGUGUCCAGCAAAGCAUUCAGUGGUUGAAGCUCUAAUAUCAGCUUGGGUGGAAAGAACAAUGAAGAUACAGAACAGACAUAAGUUAAUGAGAUAUGAUAACCUGGAAGCUCCGAGAGGAUGUUAUACAAAAAUAUGAUAAGUGGACUUGAUAUUUUGCAAUUAGGUUUUAAGCUAGUGAACAAAAAAUCUAAAUUCCAGUACCAGUUAAGGUCACAGGAUAACAAUCUAGCUUUAUAGGUGCCUAUUUUGGACAUAUUACAUGUCCAGUCAUCUAUAAAUAAAUUAAAACCACCUUGAUGGUUUCCUUGAAUGAAAGAUGUUUAUUUUUAUAGAAUGACUGACUGCUGAUUUUUAUCAUAUAUACUUGUCUGUGUCAGAUGGUGACAAAAUUAAUAUAAAAUAUGUUUUUAAUAUUAUACUACAUGUAUACUACACUUGGAAAGAAAAAUAAAAUGGAACAAAAGGAAAUUUGUUUGUUUCACGUGUUACAUCAAAAUAUCUUUUAACUCUUGGACAUCAGAACUUAAGUUUUUGCUUGUGACUGCUUGUAAAACUAUUGUAUCUGAUGUCCUGUUGAUGAAAGAUAUUUUGAACUUGCACUGAAACAACCAAAUAUCCUGUAAAUACUUUCUCAAAACAUUUGAUAAAUUGUGUUGCUACAAUAACCUAACAUGAAGGAAGUGGGGGUUUUAUUAAUUGUAUUUUCAGGUUGUAGGAGUUUUAGUACAGACACAGAAGAGAGAAGGUGGCUAAAAAACCUCAGGUGUGGUUGUUACAGUUUGAAGGAAUAUGAUUGAAAAGUGAUUGUAUUUUGUUCUGUAGGGAUGAAAAUCUGAUCCGAUACUUUGUUGUGAAAAGGGUAAAAUUCAUAUGGAACUCUGAAGAAGACAAAUACCAGAAACUUAGAGGGUUAGAAGUUAACAAUACAUGUUCAUAUUUCCAUGAGGCGAAAGGUUUGAGCUGCGAACACCAAAGCAAAAGUGUGUUGAUGAGCUGAUCAUGUCACAUCAGCUGCUGCAGAAAGAAGAAGAAGAGAAACGGCGAAUAGAAGAGGAACUUCAUUUAGGAGAAGUUGAGCUUGGUCAUGCACCAGCAGUGAAGUCCAUAUCAUCAAUUGAGCUGCAUGGUAAUGCUACUUCACGAGCCUGUCAGACAACUGAGUUGAUAGCAAGUCGGCCUACGGAACAUAAAGGUUUCCAGAUUAAGGUUAAAGUCAGAGGGUGUGGGACACUUGCAGUGACUGAAAAAAAGGACAUGAUGUGUGGUCCAGACCAGUGUACACCUUCAGUUGAGAAGAGUUUCCAAUUCCCGGAAAAUGCCUGCUAUGAUGACCCAGCUGAACAGUCUGACGAGGAGUAUGUCGACAAUGUGGAAGAAGACCCAGACUGGGAACCAUCUGCUUAUGACUUGGCAGAUCUAGACGAGGAUGAAGAUGAUGAUGAAAACGCAACUGUUUGGCACGACUGUAUAGAAGACCAUGCACCAGAUCUAAUGAAAGAAGAAAAAUUCAUUGUUUAUCAGAGUUGUCUUCUGUCUCUGUUAAGGUUGUGCCACAUAUGUUCUGGGGUGUGUAGCAACAUUAAGAAGAAAGUGGUGGGCAGCAUGGUAAUUUUUGAAAGUGUUUCUGAAACUGGACAUUCAAGGAUCUGGCAUAGCCGACCGGUGGUUAGUGGUGCUCCAGUUGGGAAUGUGUUAUCAGCAGGUGCCUUGGUGUUUUCAGGACUAUCACCGUCUAAACUUUUCAGCUUUUUCAAAUUUACAAACAUUUUAAUGAUCAAGGAAAGGACAUUUAAUAGAUACCAGAAAUUGUUUGUUAUUCCGGCAACAGCGAAUACAUGGCAACAGAAACAGAACGAGACCCUCCUGGCAUGUAGAGGGAGAAGUGUUCGUGUAGGUGGCGAUGCUAGGUGCUGCUCUCCUGGACAUACUGCCAAAUAUGGAAGCUACACCUUGAUGGAUUUGGAGACAGGCAUGGUGUUAGCUACAGAAUUAGUACAAAGCAAUGAGCUUCAUUAUGAAGUGAAGAACUCAAAUGCUAUGGAAUUAGAGGGGUUGAAGAGAACCAUGAAAGUUGUGGACGAUAUGGGUGUGACUCUCAGCAACUUAACCACAGAUCGCCAUGUACAGGUCCGAAAAUAUCUCCGUGAAAAUAAAGGACAAAUAAAUCACUGGUUUGACAGCUGGCAUGUUGCCAAAAGUAAGCUUUUUGUUUCAUUACAGCAAAAAUCCAAAUAUCUUUUGAAUAUAAGCUGCAUAAAUAUACAGACAAAAUGGAGGCAUUCUAUUUUGCACCCACCUCUGCCAAGUGACACUGAAUACAAACGUAUGGAAAGCUCCAGCCUAGCCAAAUGUCAAGUGUAUGAUAUCAACCAAGAUGUUGCAGACGCUGAGCCCAUGGAAGCCAAACCUAGUAGGACACCGUUACCUCAAUUCUGA